AUGUUAAAGUGGGGAGAACCUGUCAGCACCAGUAACGCGCAAGAAGACGACUCGGAUUGGACGAGAAAUAUAACAAUCAAAGAAUAUUUAUCACACAAUGGCACCAAUGAUACCUACAAUUCAUCAGAUACAUUAUACGACGUUCCCACUGGAAUGAUAGUAUUGCUGUCGUUUUUAUACGGUUCAAUAUCAGUUUUGGCAGUUGUGGGAAACUUACUUGUGAUGUGGGUAGUUGCAACAUCAAGACGAAUGCAAAGUGUAACCAACUGUUACAUAGCUAACUUGGCAUUAGCUGAUAUUGUUAUAGGUUUAUUUGCGGUACCAUUUCAAUUCCAAGCUGCAUUGCUACAACGGUGGCUGCUGCCAUACUUUAUGUGUGCCUUUUGUCCAUUCGUUCAGGCACUCAGUGUAAACGUCAGUGUGUUUACUCUUACAGCCAUAGCCGUUGAUCGACAUCGGGCUAUAAUUAAACCUCUCAGUGCACACACUUCAAAGAGGGUUGCAAAAGUUAUAAUUGUAAUAAUAUGGGUUCUGGCAUUGAUUCUUGCCGCACCUAUGGCACUUUCAUGGGAAGUCAUCAUGGUAGAAGAACAGGAUCCAGUGUCCAAGGUGUUUUACGAGAAACCAUUUUGUGAUACGAAUGAAUUCGGAUCAAAUUCCAUUGCAAUAUACAGAUUGUUGUUGUAUAUAUUCCAAUAUAUCAUUCCACUCUGCGUGAUCACAUUCGGUUACGCACAUAUGGCCAAAAAGUUAUGGGGAGCCAGGGCACCAGGGAACGCACAAGAAAUACGAGAUGCAAACCAAAUGAAAAAUAAGAAAAAGGUAAUCAAAAUGUUGGUCUUAGUGGUUGCUCUGUUCGCAAUUUGUUGGCUUCCUCUACAAAGUUAUUUGCUACUCCAGUCUUUUGAUCCAUCUGUAAACGAGUACCGGUACAUAAACGUAAUAUUUUUUUGCUUUGAUUGGCUGGCAAUGAGCAACUCCUGCUACAAUCCCUUCAUCUAUGCGAUAUAUAAUGAGAAAUUUAAAAAGGAGUUCAAGCAAAGGUUUACUUUUAGACGAAAGCGGAACAGAUUUAUGAAUGAUAGUUACGAGGACGGUCAAUCUUAUAGAACACGGGUUCUCUCGAUCCGAUCUACAAAUGAAAGAAGUAUUUAUUCAACGAGAAAAUCCACAAAUACAGCUCCGACGGAUGCUAAAAAUCCCUGUACCUGCUCAAGAAAUCAGAAUAGAGAAUCUGAUACAAACGUCUUAUAUCGAUCCAAGAGAAACGAAUUUGAUUCUUAUAAUAAUGGUAGUAGAUACGACAAAAUUAAGUCUCGGGAAACAUCCACAAGGAGGUCUCAAUCGAAAAAAUAUCCCAAAGACGACUUACCAAUCGGAGACGAGAGAAUUAGUGAACUUUAUAUUUUUCCAAACAGUAGUAUAGUAGAAUUUACUGAUAUUUUAUGUGAUAAUAAAGUGUAA